AACCCUCCUUGGUCUGAUCCUUCCCCACCAGGACAAACACUACCAGCGUCUCCCAUCGUCACGUGUCAGCUCUUUUCUUGCACGAAGCCCGGAGUAGACUUGGUACUAUUUAAUGUGAUAUUUCUCCAUCUUUUUUUGAACAACUGAGGCGCAGUGAUGGCAGAGCAUCUGUCCCAAAGCGAGCUGGACUACCCUUUUAAACUACUCGAGUACUUGAACGGCUUCAGGAUAUCAAAGGUGAUCUUCGCCGCCUGCGAGCUGGGCGUCUUCGAGCUCCUGAUGAAGUCGCCGGGGGCCCUCAGCGCUCAACAUGUAGCGCAGGCUCUGGACGCCAACGCGGAUGGCAUGGAGAGGCUGCUGGACGCCUUGGUGGGCAUUGAGAUCCUGGAGGUGGAGACAGCGGACGGGACAGCUCUUUACAGCAGCACUGACGUGGCCAACAUGUACUUGGCCAGAGGGGGCGUCAAGUCGCUCCACGAUAUGGUCAUCUACCAGUCGCAGACCAUCUACCCGCUGUGGAACAACAUGACCGACGCCGUCAGAGAGGGCAAGAAUCAAAACCAUAAGACCUUCGGCAUCCCGCCUGAGGAGGUGUUUGAGGCCAUUUACAGAUCGGAGGAGGAGACUCUAAAGUUCAUGGGUUUGAUGAACUCCUCCUGGAUUCUGGACGGGCAGGACGUUGUGACGGCAUUCAACCUCUCCGGCUUCCAGAAGAUAAUGGACCUCGGAGGAUGCACUGGCGCACUGGCCCGCGAACUGGCGAAGGCAUAUCCCUCGUCCUCCGUCACCGUCUUUGACUUCCUGGAGAUUGUGGAAAUAGCCAGAAAACAUUUCUUGCAGGAGAACGACACCUUCACCUUUGAGAGCGGAGAUUUCUUCCUUGGUGAAGUUCCUCCUGCUGACUUGUACGUUCUGGCCCGAAUUGUUCACGACUGGUCUGAGGAGAAAUGUCUGAGACUGCUGAAGAAGCUCUACCAUGCCUGCAAACCAGGCGGCGGCGUCCUGCUGGUGGAGGCCAUGCUGCUGGAGAAUCGGCGAGGCCCCAUCAUGACGCAGCUCUUCUCCCUCAACAUGCUGGUGCAGAUGGAGGGCCGGGAGCGCCCCCCCUCCCAGUACACCAUGAUACUCAACCAGAGCGGCUUCACCAACGUGCAGGUGUGUCGCACGGGCAAGUCCUACGACGCCAUCUUGGCCGUCAAAUGAAAAAAGAACAUGUCUAGGCAUACCUACCACAGGAUUUAGUUGUUCAUGAAACUAAAGACUGCACUCUAACCCUACAAUUACAUAAACAUAUAUGUAAUAAUUGCAGUGUGAUGUUUAUUAUUCAUGAUUUAACAUGUAUUAUUAAUAUUAUUUGACAAUAUUUUUCACAUUAUAUCACAAAAUCUAAAUAAAAUUAAAAUGUUUGGUAAUAGCAGUAAGGACACCAAAACACGAAUACAAAUAGACGGAGUAGACAUUGACAGGGUGGUGAACGACAACACAUUUCUAGGCGUUACAAUAGAUUCUAGGUUCCUAAAGUGGGGUACACGUACCCUCAGGGGUACGCUAAUUGUCAUAGGGGGUACGUGAAUAAAAACAAUUGGCGUCUAUCACUCACAAUUACGAGUGCACCUGAACGCCUCAGUCAUCGCAGAGAGAAGGAAGGAGACACGGCAUGAAGUUCUUCAUUGCUCUGUGUGAGGUAUAUGAAUAAGUAAGUAAAUUUCAUGAUUAUGUUGUGUUUAAAGAGUGUUUCAUCUUGAAGGUUUCAUUUAUAUCGGUGUUCCAAUCCCCGCACUGUGAAAACCUGUCAAAUGUAUGUGCGUGUCAGGAUGAGAGUGGAGAUUCCCCUGAAAAUUAGGCUUUAUCAUUGCUUGUAUGUAUUUUUUUUUUUACUUCAGAUACUGCUUUAUCGUGUUUCUUCAACUUCCCCUUUCAAUUUGGUAUGAAAUGGAUAUGCAGACUUAAAUCACAGCGAGUGCAAGUGGGAAAAAGUGAAGCUCAAGUUCAACCCAUUCAAACGGAGGGAUCCCAACAUCCGGCUGAAAUAAAAGAUAUGUAGGACGAAUACUUAGAUACUUUAUCUCUAAUUAAACUUUGACCACGCAAAAUAUACAUUUUUGAACCAGAAUUACUUACUAUAAAAUGAAUCAAUUAAUCAUGAUUUAAUAUUUAAAUUUAAUGAAAUAAAAACGGUUUAUGCUUUUUAAGUGUGCAGGAGUAGGGGCUACAUGGCUUCAAGUCAAAUAUCUGAAGGGGCACGUGACUGUGAAACGUUUGGGAACCACUGCAAUAGAUGAUAAAUGAGCUGGAAAUCUAAGAAAAAUAUACAAAUUAAGGUGCCAAGAAAUACUUCAAUACUGAACAUGGCAAAAUUGGUCCUGGACCAAAAAGCACUCCAUACUCUGUAUUGUUCCCUUGUGUUACCAUAUUUGAGUUAUUGUAUGGAGAUAUGGGGAAAUAACUACACAAGCACACUUUGCUCACUUACUGUACUACAAAAAAAGGUUACGAUAAUCAAGAAUGCUGGUUACAGAGAAUAAAUACCCAAACCCAUUAUUCCUAAAAUCACCGUAAUUAAAAUUGACUGAUCUGGCACAUUUUCAAGUAUCAUACAACUAGCCGUGAGCAGACUACAUUACAGUCGUGGCUGAUGACAUCAGAGCUAUUUGAUUGGACAAGGCAAUGGCGUCACAUUUGUCAUUUCCUAACUUUGGUAUGGUUGUAUAAUAAACAUGGUAUGGUUGUAUAAUAAACACACAGCAAAGUGCUCAAUCUUCUCAUUUUAGACGAAAUUUCCUUUGCGAUUUGUUGAAGGAAGAUGCAUGUUAGUUAACUUGAGGAAUAAAUAAAUGGGACACUGUGCCUUUAAAAUACAAGACGUGCUAUUGCCUGAGUAAAACAGGCUGUUACAUCAUGCACAAUCAGGAAGAAAAUGCAGCAAAUGUGUUCACUUGUUUAGUA